AUGACCCUUACUCGACACAACAGAAACCAACAACACCCCGCUGCCGUAUCGAGCCCCUUCUCACAAAAGAGACCGUCUGUCAUGAUGGAGUUACGCAAGUUCUUCCAUUCGAUCGACCUUUGGGUCGCUAGAUCUCGUUUUGGCAGCUACUUUCAUCUUGGUGGUAGCGACAACCCCAACAAGAUUGAAAAUGCAAGCUUCUGCCGCGAGGUUCGAGCUGGUCUGACUACCUUUGCAACAAUGGCAUACAUCAUUUCUGUCAAUGCGUCUCUGCUGUCACAAACUGGUGGCCCCUGUGUCUGUGAUCUCAGUGCUAGAGAGGCAUGCGACAGUGUUCCAGAAUACAAGGCUUGCAAAGAAGAUGUUCGUCGAGACUUGAUCACUGCCACGGCUGCCAUUGCUGGACUAUCAAGUCUUGUCUUUGGUAUCUUGACAAAUUUGCCGGUGGCACUCGCACCUGGCAUGGGUCUUAACGCCUACUUUGCUUUCCAGGUUGUGGGUGUAAAUGGAAACGGCAAGAUCCCCUAUCAAACUGCUCUCACGGCCGUCUUUAUCGAGGGUAUCAUCUUCAUCGUACUCGCACUCACUGGCAUGAGACAAUGGCUGGUCAAACUUAUCCCCUCCACACUGAAGGUUGCUACAGGAGUAGGUAUCGGCUUCUUUCUGACAGAGAUUGGGCUGUCCUACUCAGUCGGCAUCGGAGCCAUCACCGGUGGAGGCAGAGCAACCCCCCUAGCAUUAGGAGGAUGCCCUCCAGAGCUACUCAGCGCAACUACAGGAAUGUGUGAAUCAGGUCAAAUGACUAAUCCCAAGAUGUGGCUGGGCAUAUUCUGCGGUGGCCUCGUCACCGCUUUCUUGAUGGCAUACCGUAUCAAGUACUCUCUCGUCAUUGGCAUUGCACUUGUAUCUGUCAUAUCUUGGCCUCGCAAUACCCCCGUGACUUACUUCCCUGAUACGGAAGAGGGUAACUCACGCUUUGACUUCUUCAAGCAAAUCGUCGCCUGGCAUCCAAUGGAGAAGACACUCAACCAGCUUGACUGGACAUUUAGCAACAGCGGCUCCCAAUUUGCUCUCGCUCUUUUCACUUUCCUCUACGUUGAUAUUAUUGAUGCAACAGCGACGCUGUAUUCAAUGGUUCGUUUCUGCGGGGUCGACGAUCGCAAGGACGGCGACUUUCGUCGUUCUACGUUGGCAUAUUGCACUGAUGCAUUCUUCAUAUCCAUUGGUGCCUUGCUCGGAUCAUCGCCAGUCACAGCAUUCAUUGAAAGUGGAGCGGGCAUCGCUGAAGGUGGUCGAACAGGAAUUGCAGCAAUCGUUUCUGGAUUGUGCUUCUUAGUUUCCAUCUUCUUCGCGCCUAUAUUUGCGUCCCUGCCUCCAUGGGCAACGGGUUGUACUCUCGUCAUGGUCGGUUGCAUGAUGAUUCGCCAAAUUACACAGGUGAAUUGGUAUUAUAUUGGUGAUGUACUUCCUUCAUUUAUAGUAAUGGCCUUCAUUCCAUUCAGCUACAGCGUUGCCUACGGACUCAUUGCAGGAAUAUUUGUAUACGCCGUGUUGAACGGCUUAGUGGGACUAAUUUUGUAUGUAAGUGGUGGCCGCAUCGAGCCACGUGAGUAUGAUCUCAAGGAAUAUUGGACUUGGAAGGGAAUUGGCCGUCCACCUUGGUUUGUCAGAGCAAUGCAACGCCGCCGCGGAGACACCAAUGAAGAUAGCAACACCACGUCGGACAGAGAUACUAAUGAUGAUAUGGACCGCUUGUCUUCGAUGACUCGGAUCAAAACCAUCUCCAACGACUACUCCACGACAAACGAAGAGCGAAAAGCUUGA